AUGGAGUCAUCCCCUACCCUCUUCAAACGAGCAGGCGAUGCCUGUGAGUCCGGCAACGAGUUUGACGGCCGCAUGGGUCUGCGGAUCUCGUCCAUCUUCGUCAUUAUGGUCGGCUCGCUGUUCGGGGCUAUCUUCCCAGUCUUUGCCCGGCGCUUUGCUACCCGCAGCGGUGCUCCGGCUUGGAUUUUCUUCAUUGCCAAGUACUUCGGGUCUGGAGUAAUCAUCGCCACGGCUUUCAUCCAUCUCCUCGCGCCAGCCGAGGAGGCAUUGAAAAAUGAAUGCCUGACUGGCCCGAUCACGGAGUACAGCUGGGUCGAGGGCAUCGUCCUGAUGACGAUUGUCGUGCUGUUCUUCGUCGAGCUGAUGGUCAUGCGGUUCUCCCACUUCGGACAGGGCCAUUUGCAUGACGAAGAGGGCCACACCCAUUCCCAUGUCGACACCGCCGAACCUGUGGUCGACACCGUCACUGAAAACAAGAGCCACAUGCCCGGCGAAGACCACCUGGGCCACUCGCGAGAGCACCACGACCCCGACGACUCGGAGAAAGGCAUUCGGGCGAUUGAGGACUACGCGGCCCAGCUGACGUCUAUUUUCAUUCUGGAGUUCGGUAUUAUUUUCCACUCGGUUUUUAUCGGCCUCACGCUCGCCGUCUCGGGCGAUGAGUUCACCACCCUCUACAUUGUCCUUGUCUUCCACCAGACCUUCGAAGGCCUGGGUCUGGGCUCCCGCCUCGCCCUAAUCCCCUGGCCUCGGUCCAAGCGCCACACCCCGUACCUACUGGGUCUGGCCUAUGGCCUGUCCACUCCCAUCGCCAUCGCCAUCGGUCUGGGAGUUCGCCAAAGCUACCCGCCAACCGGCCGCACCACCUUGGUUGUCAACGGCGUGUUCGACUCUAUUUCUGCGGGUAUCCUCAUCUACACGGCUCUGGUUGAGCUAAUGGCCCACGAGUUCAUGUUCAGUAACUCCAUGCGCAAAGCGCCCAUUCGCGACGUCCUGACGGCGUUCUUCCUGCUGUGUCUCGGGGCUGCGCUCAUGGCCUUGCUCGGCAAAUGGGCAUGA